CGUCCAGCGUCUCCUGGCGCAGGCAGGCCAAGGCGAGGAGAAGGGAGACCUUGCAGUGCUUCCUGCUCCUGCUGCUUCUCCUCCUCCUCCCUUGGACAAGACGCUUCUCCUUCUCGCCCAAAGGGGUCCUGCAAAAACGCGCGCGCUUCCUUGGCGCACGGAGAUGCGCGCAGCGGCAGCGGGCAGGGCAACAGCUGGCUCUCAGGGAUCUCCUCAAGGCGGCUGCUGCUCCUGCAGUUGCUUGGCGCUUUGAAGGGACCCGCUUUGGAGCACCUUACCCGCGGAGGACCGGCCGUUGCGCAGGCGCUGAGGGUGCCUGCCUGCCUGACCUGCUGCUGCUGUCACUUCGGGGACUUUGUUCAGACGCCCAGCGCCUCUUCCCUCGGCCGCUGCGAUGCUCCCUUUUCCGUGCGGAAGGCGUCCCCAGCUGCUGCUGCUGGGCUACUGUUGGCUGUGGGCUCAGAGUUGCCUCUCGCUGCGAGUCCUGAGUGGUGAGUUGAAGGGAGGGAUGAGGAACCUGGUUUCUUAUUUGGGGGAGAGCAGCGAGAGAGCUGGGACCCCCUCCAGAUGUUUCUGGACUCCACACUCCCAUCAGUCCUGACCAUUGACCAUGCUGCCUGGGACUGUUGGGAAUUGGAGCGCAACAACCUCUGCAGGGCCCUUUCUUUGCUGUAUAAAGACCCCCGAAGUGCUCCGGGUAUUCGGGCGCAAUCCUUCCACUUCCCCCUUUCAUUGCUUUUCAACUUGAUCAUUGAACAGUGGUUAGAGAUUCCCAAACAGAAAGGUGGCUCUUUCUGGCGGGGAUCCUCUUACUUUCAAGCGGGUGGCGCUCUAUUGAUUCAGUGAGGCAAAGGGAACUCAUGGAACGCAGCCUUGGCAUUGUGUCACUGGCACUAGGGACGAGCUGUUUCCUGGCGAGUAAAAAAAGGCUCGAUUUUUGUCCCAAGUUGAUGAUUUGACUUUGCAGAAAGAUCACAGCCUCAAUCCUGGAAACUCCAAAGAUGAGAUCCCCAAUUCAUAUCUUUAAAUAUGGGGGUGGAAAGUUUGAUGUCCCUUAUAUUGUGUCUCCUAAGUCAAAAGGUUUUGCUCUGAUCUGUCCUCCAUUUAUAGAGAGUCUAUUUGUCCCUCAUUUUUAAAAAGUUCAGAGACUGAGAAGCAGGAUAGAGGAUCAAAUACGGAGAAGCAGGAUGGGGGCUCAAAUGCCAGAUAAAGAGUGAUGUGAAAGAGAUGCCCAUCACACCUGACAACUUUCUCAGUUCCUGCUUGUCUGCAGUAACCACCGAAAUCCACAUUCAUGUUUGUGGAUAGGGAUUUGUGUGGCAGGAAAGAUAUCAGUGCAAGAAUACCUCUGAAGAACCAUGUGUGCUACCAGAUGUAGACUUCCACCCUGAGUAGUGGGUGGAAGGGGUAUAUGGGUGGUGUCCUAAACUUCUGAGCUCGUACUUCUACUGAACUUUGACAUGAAUCAGUAUUGGAAAAUCCUACAGCUUCCUCAGAUGAUCCCAUUCUGCAGAGGGUUGGACUGGAUGACCAUUGGGUUCCCAUUCUAUGAUACGAUUGUCUUGCCUUGAAUAUUUCUUUCCAAGGAAAUAACUUCACAGGGAAUUUGCUGAACUGCUCAAUUCUUUAUAAUUAGGAAGCCAUCUUCAUAUAUUGAAAAGCUCCUUAAGGAAUUUUAAAAGAAAAUAUUGAUUAACAUACAAAGUUUUUCAACUGCGGCGCAAAGUUCCUUCCUUCCUUAUAUAUUUGCCAUAAAUAUGUGAAAUAUGUCAUAAAUAUGAGAAAUAUACUGUGCCUAUCCAUUCAUUGCAUGCAAGUGGUGGAGGAGCUGGAACCUGCCCUGUGUGUCCUGCACAUAAAGAUACAGUGUACAUAAGCAAUAAAGAAUCCAGUUGUAUCUUUAAGGUCAACAAACUUACUAUGCAAGGAGCUUUGAUAGAUUAGAGCUAACUUUCCCCGGUGCAGAUUCAGUGUGUGCCUAUUUUCUAGAUGGACCUGUACAUAUUAUUACCUGAGUGUGUUCUAUAGGGUACAUUUCAGCCCAAUUCCAAUGGUUUCCUGAAAGGUCAGGCAGGAAGCAAGGGACUAGAAAUUGGAUAAGGUGAUAGUUAUGCUCCAGUUUUCAAUAAUUAGAAUAGAUUCAUGAAACAUGAGCACAAGAAGCAGGAACCUUUAGACCCCUCGUCAUUGGACACACCACUUUUAAAAUGAAAUGAAAAGAAAAACAUUCCAGGGAAUCUCUUAGGAAUGGCUUAAAUAGUUCAUGUAACCUAGAACCAGUUCUAAUCCUUUUCAGCUACUGAUCACAUGCAGCACCAACCUUAAGGUGCUAUGUAGACACCAGGGGGUGUCAGUGUCAGGAACUUGUCAAGGCUGCCACCACAGUUAUGGGGACCACUGCAGAUUCCCCCAUCCCCUGUCUCUGCUUAUCUGGCUGUUGUUUCUUGUUCAUUCAGUGGCAACAACAAGUAGAAAUAUUGCCCUUUUGGGCAAUGGUGGAGAUGGUCUCAGGGAGAGGAAAUCAGUGACAGCAGUCACAAGGAAGCAAGUCCAUGCAGGAAUGGGGAAGUGUUGAAGGCAUCUUAUCCGAGGGCCCCUCAAAAUCUGGAUUGUGAUAAUAGUUGAGGGGAGGGAGUUGCAUGUAGCAAACAGGAGAUUAAUUCAUGCCGUUCCUUCUGAGCUUUCUGCCUGGAAGCCACUAUACAAAUGGAACAUUAAUCAAAUCAUAGGAGAUAACACUGUCCAUUCAGAUGCCAGGCAGAACUGUUAAAAGAGAUCUGUACCAUCUCCAGGUUGCAAAGUCUUUACCUGAAGACAGUGGCCACCCCUUUAAAAGUUCUAAAGUAUUAGGCAACUUCUUCAAAGUACUGCACUAGUCUCUUUGUCCACUCACCUCUUUUCUACCAGAACACAAGGGGAAGAAAAGCAGAGUGGACUUUAGUGAAUUAAUUGUACAGGAGGUGCAACAACUGUAGUCUUGGUGUAGAGCAUUUCAGGAGUGAAGUGCAACCUAUGGAUGAAGACCUUGAGAUACUUUUGGGUGCUGAAUCCUCUGGUGUCUUCAGAUAACCUGUUUAUGAAGUAUCUAACCUGAUUUGCUUGCAGAAAGCUUGUGCUGCAGUUAGACUAUGUCUUGUCUUUGUUGAGCAUUUGUUCAGAUUUGUUUGUGGUGAUGUUAUAUGACCAUGAGCAUUCUUUCAAAAUUCAUCCUGAUUUGUUUGCAUGAUGUUUAUACAUCUUCCCAUGAGCUGUUUGUUCAUCCAACACUUUUCAGUGUAGAUUUGUUGUGCCAGGGUAACAGAGUGCUUUGAUCCACUUUAAUUGCACAAACCUAAAUUUCUGGUAUGGUUUGACUCCAUUCCACAAAAUGCUGACACUCAGGAGGUGUCCAUUGCCUGUAACAACCCAGGACAAAUGCGAGAGUGAGAGUAUCUGAUGGAGAGAAAUGAUCAUGGGAUUUGGAGAGAGGGGCAUUCAAUACAUUGGUAACAUGGAGCUCUACUUCGUGUUCCUAUCUUAUUCAAGUGAAGCUUUAGAAGUGCAAAAUAUUGAUGCCUGGGAUUUGGGAUGGCAUGGAUGAGGGCGAGGGAAAUAAGCUCAAUUUAGAUAUGAUGGAGCUGAUGUUGCUGGAUAGUUUGUCUGGCUUGGGUUCAACUCAUUCUGGGAGGAUCGCACCCUAUAAGAGGAUCAUAUUUGCAGUUUGGUGGGUGUUGAUUGACCCAGCUUUGUCACCAGAGGCCUACGUGGCUUAAGAAGCCCAAAACAUUUCCCAUUAGCUAAGGCUGGUAUACCAGCUGUGGUCCCUUUGAAGCAGAGAUAAGCCACAGUCAUCCUUACUUUGGUGAUUACCUGAAUAGAUUAUGGCGAUAUGUUGUAUGCAGAGCUGCCUUUGAAACUUUUUGAAAAUUUAUGAAUGCUGUUGUUAGACUAACUGAGAUGAGCUAUAGGUAACACAUCUUGCUGGUUCUGAAACAGCUUUGUUGUCGAUCAGCCCCAAAUUCUAAGAGCAAUUUAAAGCCUGAUAAGCAGUGUUUGAAAUCCCCCAGGCGCCAGGCGCGUUUUGAGACUGGCAUGGGUCCAACUGUGACUAUGUGGAUGCCAAGUUGGUGACUGACAUCUCCAUCUGGCUGGCCCCUCCAACUUUCUUAAGCCGGUAAGCAGAAGAGCUUAUUUACUGCAUUUAUAUCCCACCUUUUUCUCCAAGGAGUACGGUACAUGGUUCACCACCCUCCUCAGUUAAUCCUGAGAACAACCCUGUGACGUAAGUUAAGAGGCUGUGACUGGCCCAAGGUCACCCAGUGAGCUUCAUGACUGAGUGGGGAUUUGAACCCUGAUCUCCCAGGUCCUAGUCCGACACUCUAACCACUACACCACACUGGCUUCCUAUAGUAUUUCUGCUAUGGGGCAGCAACCUAAAUUAAGUAGGUAAAUAAGUAUGGGAAAAGCAAAUAUGUCACCCAGAGAAGGAUCUGAAGUAUUUUGCUUGAAGCUUGAAUUUGUUUUAUUCUGGAUUGUUUCAUUUGAUGUUUUAAUGUGUUGCAAACCACUUUGAGCCUCUUUCUUUAAAAUAUAAAGUGCUAUAGUAAUGAAAUGAAUAAUAAUAAUAAUAAAUUUCACUGGGAAAACAAUAGCUAUGGUUUUCCCAGUAGUGAUAUAUGGAAGUGAGAGCUGGACCAUAAAGAAGGCUGAUCGCCAAAGAAUUGAUGCUUUUGAAUUAUGGCGUUGGAGGAGACUCUUGAGAGUCCCAUGGACUGCAAGAAGAUCAAACCUCUCCAUUCUGAAGGAAAUCAGCCCUGAGUGCUCACUGGAAGGACAGAUCCUGAAGCUGAGGCUCCAAUACUUUGGCCACCUCAUGAGAACAGAAGACUCCCUGGAAAAGACCCUGAUGUUGGGAAAGGUUGAGGGCACAAGGAGAAGGGGACGACAGAGGAUGAGAUGGUUGGACAGUGUUCUCGAAGCUACAAACAUAAGUCUGACCAAACUGCGGGAGAAAGUGGAAGACAGGAGUGCCUGGCGUGCUCUGGUCCAUGGGAUCACGAAGAGUCAGACACGACUAAAUGACUAAACAACAAAUAAAUUUCACGGCAAAAAAGAAAAGAUGCCUAGAUAUGCCAUUGUAGUGACCGUGACCCAGGUUUAAGGUGCCAUUUGGUGAUUAGCUGAUAUAUUUGAGUUAAUAAUAAUAAUAAUAAUAAUAAUAAUAACAAUAAUAAUAUAAUAAUAAUAAUUUAUUAUUUAUACCCCAGCCACUCUGGGCGGCUUCCAACAGAACACUAAAAUGCAAUAACCUAUUAAACAUUAAAAGCUUCCCUAAACAGGGCUGCCUUCAGAUGUCUUCUAAAAGUUUGAUAGUUAUUGUUCUCUUUGACAUCUGGUGGGAGGGCGUUCCACAGGGAGGGUGCCUCUACCAAGAAGGCCCUCUGCCUGGUUCCCUGUAACUUGGCUUCUCGUAGCGAGGGAACCGCCAGAAGGCCCUCGGCGCUGGACCUCAGUGUCCGGGCAGAACGAUGGAGGUGGAGACGCUCCUUCAAGUUUCUAACACUGAUAAGCCUUGGGACCUCAGGGUCCUCUUCCUCUCAUAUUUCCUGUGUUAACAUCAGAGUAAAUCGACCUUUUCGGGAUGAUGCUGCUAUUAGAGGUUAGAUAGGUGUCUCUCAGGGAAAAAAGCCUUUUCAGCUGUAAUGCCUCACUUAUGGAUCACUCUCCUCUGCAAAGGUUACCUGGUGCCAAUUCUUAUGCCUUUUCGGCAGCAGACUCUUUCUCUCUCUCUCUCUCUCUGUAUAUAUAUAUAUAUAUAUAUAUAUAUAUAUAUAUAUACACACACACACACAUACACAAUAACGUUUUCCAGAUCUUUUUAAACAUUAAGAUAAAAUUGAUUUCUGCUUCUGGGGUCUCUCUCUGGGAUAAACUUAACAGCAGCACAAUGUACAAAAUCAUAGUCUAUAACAAGAAUGUACACAAUAGAAAGAAGUUGUGUUCUCAAAACUACACCAUGCAACCAAAUUCCAAACAAAGUUAAGCACCUUAAGCCUGUUAAUUUUAAUGGGAUUAGACCUGCCUAUUUAAUGGACUUAUUUGCUGUACGUGUGCAGGAAGACCAAAUGAGGAGGUGCCAAUCACAGAAGAAGACUUCCAGGUGCACAGGAAAAGGUUGAUUAGGCCCAAUUUGUUUUGGAAUAAAUCCUCCUUUGGAAGUCUCUUGAAUUAUUACUGUCAACCUGUCUAUAAACCACUGUUGUAGCUUGUUCCACAUAUACACCAGUAUUCCUAAUGGUGUAGUCUUAAGCCUGUUUACUCAGACGUAAGCAUCUCUAUGUUGAAUGAGACUGGCUCUUUGCUGUGGAAGACUGGGGAUUUCCAAGCCAUAUUGAAAGCAGAGCUACUUGAAGUUUUGUCUGAGGGUUUAUGUGCAGUCAAAUGAUUUUUAUUUUUAUUUUGAACAGUUGACUCCCUCCUCAUUGCUGCAUCACAGACUAAUUUUGAGAUGCCUCUCAAAAAACAACAACAGUGUAUUAUGAAACAUAAUGGGAGAGGUGACAGCUGUUGCGGUAUGUGUGUAAAGCCCCCUUGGGUUCAGGGAACUAGUUCCAUGGACUUAUGAAUACUAGUCAGGGUUGAACUGUAGGCCACAGUAGGGGUGGGGGAGAAUUUUGACUCAGUUGCCAUUUAAGGGCAAACCCACCUCUUCUGUAUUUGCUGAAGAAGUAUGUGAACCAAAAUAGAGCCAUCCUUUAGAAUUUGCUCUUCCCCAAACUGUGGAGGGCAGUUCUCCAAACCAAGUAACAUGUACACAGAUGCAUAUACAGUGGUACCUCGGGUUAAGUACUUAAUUCGUUCCAGAGGUCCGUUUUUAACCUGAAACUGUUCUUAACCUGAAGCACCACUUUAGCUAAUGGGGCCUGCUGCUGCCGCCGCACUCCUGGAACACGAUUUCUGUUCUCAUCCUGAAGCAAAGUUCUUAGCCCAAGGUACUAUUUCUGGGUUAGCGGAGUCUGUAACCUGAGGCGUAUGUAACCCAAGGUACCACUGUACUAGGGUGCAUAAACUUCAUGUACCGGUAUAUAUUUGUGAAAGUAACACACAAUAAUACAUUAUAUUAGGGGAAAUUGGAUUGCAAAAAAUGUUUAUAACAGGCAAAAUUGCAUAUUAGGAGAAAUUCACACUAAAACACUCAAUAAUUACACUAAUAACACUCAAUAAUCAAUAAUAAUGAAAUGGAUAUAUUUUCCCAUCCCUGGUCACAGCGGACAUAAUCUUUGUUGGGUCUAAAUGAAUGCUCCAUAAAAUCACUGGAAAGGUGUCUAAUCGUGUUCAACAGGUGUGACUCCAGGACUAACAAGGUAACUGCAAUCAAAUGCCAUCUCUGCAAGUUAGGCCAAGAUCACAUAAUAGGCACAUUGGCACCAAUUAUUUUCAGUGCACUUCUGAUGUGUAAUAGUGCCAUUUUCUCUUCUCACCAUGAAUUAGCUCCCCCAAUUCACCUUUUGUCAAUAAGAUUGAAAAGUGACGGGCAGCUUGGUUGUUAUCAGCAAAUAUGAUGGACAUUUCUCCCACUAUUUAUUCAAAACUCUCUGCAACUGCAAGGGCUAUAAGUAUUUCUCAAAAAAACCACAACAAACAAAAAAAGACACACUGGUAAUAAUGUCAAAAUGAUAGAAUGGUGGAGAUGAAAAGGAUUUGAUCUGUGGGCUUCAUAAAUGAGCUCCUGAGAACUGCAUGCUCCUUAUCCCUCAGCAGAGCAAAAUUAUUCUAUUCUGUUCUCUUAUCUCUGCUAACUCAUGAUACUUCAUGGUAGCUUGCAGCAUUUUUACAUUCUACCAUGUCUUAUCUCAUAUCCUCGUAAUUGACCCUGUAGCAAUUUUUCUCAUGGUGGUAGUGCUAUAAGAAGUGAUAGGGAAACACAUUAUGCUUUUGUGUUCAUAUUGAAUUAUUGGCAACAAUAGCUGUUUGCAAUGCAGUAGUUCAGAAUGCCUGGAGUUGGCUGAAGACCAGUCCUUAAAAAAGAAAAGAAAAGUGAGAAGACAGGGUUAGGAAAAACUGCUGAGUGUUACAUAACCCGCAUUGCUGUACCUAUGACAUCAUAAAGCACAUAAAGUGAUGAUAAUGCAGUUUGCAAAAAUGCAAUUACUUUAAGUAUCUGUUGGGCAGGAAAUACGCGAGCUAAUCUUUUUACUAGCCACUUAACAACCAAUGUAUUAAUCAAAGUCAUUAUGCCUUAAUGACUGCUGUUUGCUGUCAGUUUAUUUUUGCCCUUUUAUUUGUGACAUUUUCCUGAUUUUGUCAAGUGCGCAUUCCAAUAUUUAUGUGACAGUACUCAAAAUAAGAUCUCUGAAGAUCAAAAAUAAUUCAUAUUGGUGGGGUGUGUGUGUGUGUGUGAAGUUGCCAUUUACUAAAAUGGAAAUAUCAGCAACAGAAGUGUGGCACUAUUCCAGAGAUAGUUGUUGUGUUAAUAAUGGGCAGACAAUAACUAUGGUAGCCCAAAGAAUAGAUGGAGAUGCAUAUAUCAAUCUGUUUCACAGUCCUUAUGGAAUGGUAGAUCCCUCUGAACACUGUGGCAUGAGCAUCUGAUCUGUGUGGACACUUUUUGCUUUUCUAUGAGCAGUUACUCUGUAGCUGAUCACAUGAGUUCUUGCUCUAGAAACAGGCACCUCAUGGAAUCAUAGCUCUCAAACUACUGGGGUAACAUUCAAAAAUGCCUUUAUGUCUGCACAUGCUCAGGCACACUAUUGCUUUUACUUUUACUUCACACAUUCCAGAAGAGAGCUCUGGAAGUUACACAGCUUCUGGAGCCAGCCCCGGGCUCACAUUAGAGCUAGUUAAAGGCUUUCCAAUAUUGAUCCAAGACAUUUGAAUUCACAUCACCUCUUCAUGCUGAAUAGGAGGUUGUGACUUAUGCUUCUCUACGAAGAAUUACAACUGGCUGAAGCAUGAAAGCAUUUACAACUUUGCAAUAAGCAAUACCUCUGAUUAGGGCAGCACUAUGUCAAAAUUAGACUAGCUAAUUUUAAGGUUGGUUUCCCAUUGCCAAGCUUGUAUCACCCUUAUUUUCAAGAUGUUGGCAGCAAAAUAGAUGGGACUAAGGUAAAGGUAAAGGACCCCUGGACAGUUAAGUCCAGUCAAAGGUGACUAUGGGGUUGCGGUGCUCAUCUCACUUUCAGGCUGAGGGAGCAGGCAUUUGUCCACAGACAGCUUUCCGGGUCACAAGGCCAGCAUGACUAAACCACUUCUGGCACAGUGGAACACUGUGAUGGAAACCAGAGCGCACGGAAACCCCGUUUACUCUGCCGCCACAGUGGUACCUAUUUAUCUGCUUGCGCUGGUGUGCUUUCGAACUGCUAGGCAGGCAGGAGCUGGGACAGAGCAACAGGAGCUCACCCUGUUGUGUGGAUUCGAACCAUCAACCUGCUGAUCGGCAAGCCCAAGAGGCUCAGUGGUUUAGACCACAGCGCCACUUCCAUCCCAGGCUAUCUCACAACAUAGCUAUGAGGAGCAUUAGGACAGGCAUUUGCCCAAGGCCUUGAAUCCAGACUGCUACAUCUGACUUCCCUACAAACAAAUAAAAAUGAGUGUUUAGUAAAGAGUAAUGUUUAGUCACCCUGCAAACAAAUUAGGAUGAAUGCUCAAUUGGUGGCUUGGAAGUGACCCUCUGUCUCCCCAGUUCAAUACAAUAACCAUGAGGCCACACUGACUCACUUUGGGUGUGAUUGGCCAUUUUCAAAUAUGCUUUUGAUCUAUUCAUCUACUUCAGAAGACAGAGCAAACUAAUGGAUGAAUAUAUGUUUUUAGAUUCUUAAUAACCUUCUUGGAAGAAGCUUAGCGCGAUUUAUCAAAUCACGUUGCAAAACAUAGUUGGCAAAACAAAACAAACCUUGUUUCAAGACUUGAGCUUUUCUGCAUAUUUAUCAAGAGCUUUGAAAAACCAAAGAUCCUUGAUGAAAGCAGUAGUCCUCCUAAGAUGUUAUCUCCUCCACAAGCAAGAAAAGCAACAAGGAAAUGUGAUGCUUCACAAUGUUUUCAGUUUAGAAGAAUGACCCUUGAUCACUGUGGCCACAGAAAAUAAGUGCAGCUGCUGUAGAGGAUCUGCUGCUUCUGUUACUUGAAGUGAAAUGAGCAUGUUCCACUAGGUAAAUGUGGGUUGUACUUGUGGGAUAUGAUACAUAAGUAGCAGUCAAGUACAACAUGCCUUGUUUUCCUAGAGUAGACAUGCAGGGGAAUGCUUGGUCCAGCCAGUUGGAAACUUACUGUUUACUCCUGGCUGGGACAAACUUCCUUUGCAUGUGACUAGAGGUGGGCGUGACCUUACCUGUCCAGGUAACAAAAGGACAAGGCAUGCUGCCUCUCUCUCUCUCUCUCUCUCUUUGACUUCCUCCAUCAUUGGAGCAGCUUUUUAGUUAGAAAUGCUCUGUUGGCUUUUAGCCAACAGAGGACACUGGGAUUAUCCCCUUUUGGGAUAGAUCCACAUGCAUAUACUUUGUAACUAAGUCUGCCUUCAGGGAUCCAAUUGUAAACUGAUGAUGUGAGUAAACUUAUUUUAUAUACUUUAAACAAGAUUGUGACAUUUUUAUUCUUUUAAGAGGGAUAUAAGGAACUCACCAGGAACCUCAUAUUGAGAGGCUUAAACAAGCCUGCAGACAGCUAUCCGCUGGGCAUUUAAAAGGGGAAUGUAAAACUCUGCUAAGUAAAGGAACUUGCUAGCGCUAGUUAGAAAGGAUAUUAAUAAACAAUAUAGCCUAUUCUGCCUCCUUGAACAUUCCCACAGAACUUGUGCUCCGAGCCCCAAAACCCAUCCCUCAUGGAAAUAAAGACACAGUGGAGACAGAAUUUAGUUUAAAUGUUAAUGGGCAAAUUUUGGCCACAACUUUAUUGAAUACACAAAUGUGACUGGUAUUGACUUAGGCAUUGGUAUCAAAACUAUAUCUGGCUCCUGCCCCACCCUGCAGGAAGCCUGUAAGGGUAACAACCAGCAGGGAGAUCUCCGUCAGUGUAUAUUGACUGGUGCCCACCCCUGGGGUUCCCAGGGGUCCUGGCAUGGACCUAGCCCCUCUCCGGCUGAGAUCCAGACCCCCGGAUUCCUUUAACAGAAUACCCUAUUCAUUGGAGGGGCAGGUGGUGGCCGCACCUCCCCUCCCCACAUUCCCCUAAACCAAUGACUAACCGCCAAACCUUACAAAGUUGUGAUGAUUGCUAAGAGGUAGGCAAAAGCCAAGUGGCCACAGACAAUCUGCCACAUUGGGAAAAAUUCCUACUCGGCCCCCAUUCCCAAAGAGGUGACCAACCAAAGUCCAAAGCAAGGCCAAACACGACCUAAUUAACGGGUGGGUGAGCGGGUGUUCGGCAGCAUGAAGCAAAAGGAGGUCCCUACAUCGUGCUGCCAAAUAGAUACUCCCAACCCCCAACCUUUGCCACGAUGCCAAUUGGCUAAAGGCUGGUAGCAUAACUGUGGCAACACCGGCCUGGGGCGGGGCAAGCCCCACCCACAAGCCGGUAGGGGAAGAGUUUCAGGGGCCAAGCACAACAUGGACCCUCUGUUAGGAGGAUCCACCUUGCCAAGCAUCUUUAUAUUGCCCCUGGUACCAGCAAAUCUGCAGCAGGAAGGUAAAGAGGAAAGAGGCAGGUUAUGCUGAGAAAGGCAGGUGAGCUGAACAGGUGAAUUAGGUCCAGAGCCAGCUUCAGAGUCCAGCUUCAAAAACAAGGUCUCCCACUGAUCAGAACAUCUUCUACUAAAAAGAAAGGGGGGGGAGUUAAAAACAUCACAGCAGAAUGAGAAGCAACUUCAUGUGGAUUUAGUAAUACCAUAUUAUUCAAAUACAAACACUUUAAUUAUUAGUACAAUUAUCACGAGUUUCAUCUGAGUGGCUGUAAAGAAAAUAAAUAAAUGAGUGUACACAUACAUAUAUGCCUUAAAGUUAUUCUCUGUUCUGUUGAACCAGGGCACAGCUAGGGUGUAUUAAGUAGAAAACCCCAAGGCUGAGAAGAGCUUGUGUGCCACUUUUGACUAGACCAACAGAAGCCUGCACAGGAAAGCCAUUGGUUAACCUUUAGCUUCAUGUUUAGAGAGAGUGUGUCCCAUCCUAGGUUUCAAGUUAUGCUUCAAGAUCUCUGUGAAGCCACAGAUACCACCAGUUUGAGACUGCUGGAACAUUCUUAAGAGACUUCUGCUUAGACAGAACUCUGGCUGUCUGCCAAUACUGGUCCUAUAAUUUACAGCUGCAGGGUCCAUGAGAUCAAAUGGGGGCGGGGGAAAGCAUCUAUUACAGAAACAACUAAAUGGGUCUCAGCCUCACAUUUUAUAGCAUAUUAAAUAUAUGGAGUGGAACUAAUGCCAAAAAAUAGACAUUUUCUACUUAGAACGGUAAAGCUGUCAGAAUUUUAAUAGUUUGGCGCACAAUUGCCUUCAGGAAAUACUGUAAUAUGUAGGGCUUUUUCCUUGAUAAAGGCAUACCACUUAAACCAACAAGUAAAACAGUGUUUCAUUUGCUCCUUCAGCAUAAUACCAAUUUGCUGGUUGAAAAACCAUUUAUCGUGUAUUGAUCCAGGUAAUUAGACUUCUGCAUUUCUUCUGGAAAUCUGUGAAAACUAAAAUGCUGACUCUGUUUUAGUCAGAUGUGCAAAUAAACUUUGAUACAGUACUAAUGUAUGCUCUCAGGUCUGAAGAGCUCUGUUCUUUGUGGAUUCUUUCAGAGCUCACUUUAUCUGUGAUUGCAUUAAAUUGGAAGUGUGACACUUUAGGUUAUAGGUGAUAGAUGCAUACUGCUCAGAAUGGGUUUACACAUCAAUGUACAUUAUUUGAUUUAUCUGUAUUUAUAUACCACCCAACUUUAUCAACCCCUAACUAGGAUGUGCCUCUUCUGGGAUGUGCUCCUGGGUGAGUUACGUGACCCACACCUUGCUUUUGCCCUGGGUUAAUGUGAAUUUUGCUGAGGAAAGGCACUGUGUGUAUGAGACUGUGGGACCUGCACAAUAACAAGGAAAGGGAAGGGAUUGUUACAGUAUUUGAUAAGAGGCUGAGAAGAUGAUCAUGAGGUGAAGCCAUAAGACGUUUGGUAGAGAUAACUUUGAGAAUAUUCUGAGUCAAAAUCUGUUUACGAGAUAGUGGGACAAAUCACAAGGACAGUGCUUAAACUUUCCCCCUGAUUUUUAUUUUUUAUUUUGCAAACAAGGAGAGUGGAAUAGUUCCCACCUCUUAGCAACACAGAAAGGUCUGGCCCCACCUCUGAUUGAUUAAUAUUAAUUAAUUAUAUACCACUUAAUGCCAAGAUAGGCUUCCAAGCCAUUUACAAAAACCAUGUGUAAAAUCCUUAAAACAUUCAACUCUGAACAUCCAUAGCUUAAAACAUACAGCAAAACAAUAAUCUUGCAACAGAGUAACUAGAACAGGGUACUUGGAUCAAGAGAUCAAGAGAAUUCAAUAUCAGAAUUUCAGGAUUAGUGAGUUGGAGUAUACACUUUCUGCCUCUCUUCUCAGGGGAGUGAUGGAUAGAAAAAGUUCUCCAGGCCCUUUGUAGUGGUUGAUAUGAAGUACUUUGAAACUCAGAAGGGGCUAGACUGAUUUAACUUUUAAAUAGGUGGACUAGAAGGGAGCUUUGGAUAAGAGGAAAGCUUGGCUUCAUUUGUUUCUUAUCUUUUUUAAUUUUACAUGGCUGUACUGUUUCUUUAUUUCUACAAAUUUCUUUAUUAUCCUUAUUGUUUUAUCAUUUCUUUAUCACCCAUUCUUCUUUGCAUUUAUAUUAUUUCUCCUAUUUUAUUAAGCAGAUAUACAAUUAUUUCUCUACUACCCCUCGUGUUUUAAGUUUAGUUCACAUGAGUUACCGUUUUAAGUGUAUGGUCUUUUAUUAGUGACUCAGCUGUGCCCAUGGAGAAUAGUUUUGAACCCAGAUUCAUUUGCUGGAAAAGAUGGCCAGUGGGAGAUCUCCUACCAUAAAACUUGUGUCUCAUGCGCUUAAGGGAAUCUUAAAUUCUGGAUGCUCAGGCAAGAUGUUCUUAAGUUCUGAUUCUCUGGAUGUAGCUAGGUAGGACAUUUGUGUACUUAGAAAAAAUAUAUUGGCAAUAUAUCUCCCCAGGGGAUCUUGUACUGUUUUAAAUAGUCACUCCCUGACUCACCAAGUCAUAUAUGGUAGCUUACAAAGAAUUUGAUCGACCUCCUUGUUUUGCUUCCUACCUGAGACCACCAAAAGUGUGUGUUCUCAGGCACCAGGCAGGUUACUAUACCUGGUUGGUCAUCAGAAUUCUGCUUUGUGGGUCACAUAUUGUGCAGGCUUGGCAAAAGAUAACCAGCUAGAGGGAUGAAAGACCAGCAUAAAUGUUGAAGCAGAAAGAUGUUUCUUAGCGGAAAAGAAGCUAUUAGUUUCCAUAUAUUUAUCUUACUAAUGAAUACAGAGUACAAUUAUGAAAUUAUGCUGCGGCAGUAGUUUUUGAAGAGACAUAAUGUAAUGUGAUUUAUCCUAAAAUGCAGAUUAGAGCCCAUCGAUGGAACAAAAAAGAAAAAGAAAAAAAGGGUAUGGUUCAGUGAAACAUCAAUAGUACUUAAUGCAAUUCAGCACAAGAUUGGCUUCUGAAUCGGAUCAAAGUUCUGACAACAUAAUAGGAAAGGAUGAUUGCUAAUCAUAUGAUACAUCAUGGAUGGGUCAAAAUGCUACCCUAGAGAUCUGUUCUUUCUAUUUAUCGGCUCACAUCUUGCAUUUUCUGUGGCAUGUUAGCUCUCAAGCUGAAAUUGUGUGUGACGUUUAGGUAGUCAGGACAACUUGUAGGAUGAAUAAAAUAACUUUGGUACAUUAACAGAGAUAUCAAUGAAUUUGUUAUCAUCAUUUUCAGCAGCUGUGACAAUCUGUUGCCUAUUAUGUAGCAUUUGAGGGUGUGGCUGUUAAUUUAAAAAAUGUCAAGUUGGUCUUUACUCCUAUUAUUCCCUUCAGGUUUUUCCUCUAUUGGUCUCUUCAUUUCCUGAUCUUCCAGGAAUUCUCAUACAUCCCUCUUUAAAACUCAUGGGCAUUUGUCAACAUCACUCUUUGCCUCUCCAGCAAAACUCUCCGGUUUCUUAUCCUUCAUGGUUCUCUUUAAUUCCCUUUUGAAGCUGUCCAGAUUGGUGGCAAAAAUCACACUCCCUCUGGUAGAGAAUUCCUUGGUUUAACUAAGUGCUGUGUGAAGUAGUCCUUCCUCCUAUUUGUCCUCAUUCUUCCACCAUACAUUUUCAUUGGAAAAAUGGCUUCUAAGUAUUAUAUGAGAAAGAGAGAAAGACUUCUAUCUACAGUGGUACCUCGGGUUAAGAACUUAAUUCGUUCUGGAGGUCCGUUCUUAACCUGAAACUGUUCUUAACCUAAAGCACCACUUUAGCUAAUGGGGCCUCCCGCUGCUGCCACGCCACCGCCGCACGAUUUCUGUUCUCAUCCUGAAGCAAAAUUCUUAAGAUGAGGUACUUUUUCUGGGUUAGCUGAGUCUGUAACCUGAAGUCUCUGUAACCCGAGGUACCACUGUACUUCUAUACACCAUGCAUAAUUCUGUCAUGUUCCCACAGUUUACUUACAUUUUAAAAAUAAGUUUCAGUGAUUGUAGCCUUUUCUUAUUGAGAAGUUGCUGCAGCCACUUGAUAAUUUUUACUGCUCUAUUCCAGCUCUGUAGCAUUUUUUUUAAAAUAACCAGACUUAUAGGCAGUCUUUCAAAUGUGGUCAACAUUUUGAUAACGGUAUUUUUAGUUACACAGUCAGACAAUGGUUUGAUGUUUUCAUCAAGUUGUCCACCAUAACCUCAGAUCCCAUUGUCAUUUAUGUGGUUAGGAUUCUUUUUGCUCUAAUGUAAAUCACUUUCUACUUGGACUUACAUAGUGGUACCUCAGUUUACGAACUUAAUCCAUUCUGGAAGUCCGUUCUGAAACCAAAACCAUUCUGAAACUGAGGCGCGCUUUCCCUAAUGAGGCCUCCCACUGACGGUGCCCUUCCACUGUUUGGAUUCCGUUCUUAGACCGAGGUAAAGUUCGCAACCCGGGAUACUACUUCCGGUUUUCUGGAGUUCGUAAACUGAAUAGUUCGUAAACAGGGCUGUUCUUAAGUCGAGGUACCACUGUACUUAGACUUUAUGUGCAUACUUUAUACGUAUACUGAAUUAUAUUUACUAUGCUCAUCAUGCAGUUUUGUGAGUUUCUUUUAAGAGUUCCUUGCAAUCCCCCUUUCUUUUAAGAACAUUGAACAAUUGAGGGAUCAUGAACAAAUAUGGAUAUCAUUCUGUUCCCCCAGAGCUACUGAUAAUUUAUGAAUGUUUAAAAAGCACUGGUCCUAUACAGAUCCUUGGAGGACCCCACUGUUCACAUCUCUCCUUGAUGCAGUCUGUCCAUAUAUUCUUAUUUCUGUUAUUUAACUAGUUUCUGAUCCAUACGAGGACCUCUUCUCUUAUCCCAUUCCUGUUGGCCUUAUCUGGUACCAGAUAUGCUUUCUCCUUGUGGAGCUGGAAAGUAUUUUUAUUCAAUUCAUUCAUGAAAGCCAGCAAGGAAUAAAUGCAUGCCUACCUUCAUUCAAUAUUGCAUGCUUUUGAUAUGCUAUUUGUUGGAUAUUUUACAGACGAUGUGGUAGGUAUAAAGCUUUCUGGUCUAAAUUAUAUUUUCAUGGGAAAAUACAAAAAUAAAUAAAACAAGGAUGAUGCUAUGAUUCUUUCAGUAGGCUGAGUCCACAUCUGAGUUUGCAAUUUGUUUCUUGUUUUCCUUAAACUAUUCAGAUCACCUUGUUUCUGUGUCUUAACUUUAUACUAUAUUGUUAAACAGGGUGUUUAUUAUAUUAAUAUAGAUAUGUUAUUAUAUAUAUAUUUAUCAUAUUAAACAUUAUAUCUAUCAUCUAUCUAUCUAUCUAUCUACACACACACACACACACACACACACAUAUAUAUAUAUAUAUGUACAUGGGUGUUAGAUAAAUGUGAAUUUGGUUUCUAACAAAUGUACAUCUGGUUCCUUUGUCUGGAUGCCAUAACUCAUGACCACAGCCUAGGGUUGCAUAUGAUUUUGUGUUGCAGAAUUGGGACCACACAUGCGGCACUGAAAAGUUGACCAGUUCUGCCAUAUAUGGUAGGGCUAAACAUGUGCUUGGGCGUGAGGUACAAGCAGUGAUGUGCACAUAUCUCUGAAUCAGAAUAUGCAACCCAUGAAUUAGAUUUCUAUCACACUGUCCACUUAAUCCAGUAAAGUCAGAUUAAAAUGAUCCAACAAUUUAGAACUAUGUGACAUAAUCAAAACCCAAACCUGGCAAUUAAAAGGCAGCAUGAGGUGGCAGAUAACUGACCCCAAAACAAAACAAAAAAUAAUGGUUAAGUGAUCAAGUUAUAGUGCAAUUCUAUGCAUGUAUUAUUGGAAGUAAACCCCAUUAAGUUCAGCAGGACUUGUGUUACAUUCAGACAGCACGUUAUUGUUUCCCUGACAUUUCCUUACCUGAUAAUUUCAAUCUUUUAUGUGAUAUUUCACAUGACAUAAAAGCCACUUUUGGAAAUCUGGUGGAGGUUUAGCACUUAUUUCCAUACUAAUUGUUGCUGUUUUUUAUUCUGUUUGCAACCCCAUUAACUCGCAAGCCUGAUAACUUGGAAAGCUGAGUUUUGUAUUGUAGUUCCAUGUGAUGAAAAGUGGGGCAAUAUCCCAGCAAGAGUUCUUCCCCACUGUUCAAAAUUCAGCUUGACAUGGCAGUAUGUCAAUCUAAAAGCCACAGUUCCAUAAUGCAGCUGGUACUGCAGUGUAAAAGGAACAUUAGAAAUUGGGAUAGAAACUCUAGCCUUAUAAUCAGUAAAACUAACACAACAAACCUCACAUUUGAAUGCAGCCUUGCUUCCAGCCCAUAACCAUGUGUAUUAGCCUAGCAAAGAAGUUUUGAGAAAGGCACUGAAAAUAUUGUAAGGUGGGGGAUGACAUAUCUACCUAGGCAAGGAGUUAUAUAGGCUGGGAGCCAUCACAGAGCAGGUCCCCUUCCACAUUCUUACUGGACGUACUACAGAAAAAGGGAAGAUAUACAGCAUAACCUUAUCAGAUGUGCUCAGAGAUAGAGCAGCCUAAAAUGGAAGAAGGAGGACCUUUAAGUAUUCUGGCCUCAAGCCUGGUAGACUUCAGUAGUGCCAGCAAGCACUUUGAUUGGAGUCCAAAAACUUACUGGUAUCUAGUGCAGUUGGUACAGCAAAGGUGUCACAUGUCCCAAGGACCAGCCCACUUAGUGCUCUUGCUGCUAGCUGAAGUUUCUGAAAGCUUCUCUAUAGCAGCCUCACAUAGAGCACAUUGCAGUAGCAGUCCAUUCUUGAAGUAACUAUGGAGCAAUGUAGUGUAGAUAGAUAUUCUUUUCAGAGUCCUUAGCAGGGUUUUUUUUUUUUCUUUUCAUAUCUGGAACUUGCCAGAGUUCAGUUCCAGCACCUCUCAGGUGGGUACCAUUGCCAUUAUAAGAGAACAAGAGAGAUGUUCAUGGUGAGUUCCGGCACUUCUUUUUCUAGAAAAAUAGCACUGGUCGUUUGGAAACCAUAGUUUCAUGCUAUGUCUGCUAUGAACCUGUGUGAGCAUUGGGUUCAUGCGCUUUGCCCUCUCAUAAUUUUUCACAGUCACAAGGAGAGGAUUAGAAACAUUCCUUUCUACUUUUGAACAAAUCACAGUUUCUGGUUACUGGUGCUGGUUUUAGCCUUUAAAGCCCUAAACGGUUUGGGCCAAGGAUACCUGAAAGACCACUUUCAUCCAUAUGAGCCUCACCAGAUGCUCAGUUCAACAUCCGAGGUCCUGCUGUCUGGCCAAUCAAUAAACCAAAUAUUUAUAUGUUUAUAUUCUUACAUUUGUAGCCUACGUUCCUUCCAUUUUGUAAUCCAAGACAGCAUUCAUGUGCUUCCCAAAGACAGUCUUUCAUCUAUUCACUGACCAGAGCCAGAACUGCUUAGCUUCAGCAAUGUGGUGGCCUCAUGAUUCUUCAGCUCAGACCUUGGGCAGGCACCUUACACAGGGCAUUCUCAAUGGUGUCCCCAUACCCUUGAACCCUCUCCCCAUUUCUAUUGUUUGUAACUUAAAAGGUUUUGCAAGAACAAGCCAUGCUUUAGAUCCUGAGGGGUGUAUUAGAAAAGUAUUUAAAACAUGAAUACUGGGGAAACUGGUUUGUUCUAGUUAAACCAUAGUUUGUGCAAAUCACAGCGCUCUGAAUUCAUAAUGGAGGACUGUAGUUUGUUUAAAAGCUGAAAGGAUGCUUCCAUUGAAACUCACUCCAUUUAAGCGUCUGAUGAGGUCCUUUCCAGUUCCAUUUUAACAGGACCAGUAUCAGCAUUUUGAUGUUCAAGUUACACUUGUCUCAGGACCUAUCAUGUGACAUUUGCUCAGGAGACAGCUUUUGCUCAUCAAUCUCUGUAGUUGGAUAGGAGCAGAGCAGUUAGGGUAGAGAGGAUCAAUGGCGGAAAGGUGUCAUUUUCAUGUCAUUCCAUUUCUUUCAUUUUCCACAAAAAAAUGUUCAUGGCUCCCACAAAAAAUAAUAAUAAUGAAAAUAUAUUCAUGAUUCAUUGGUUUUUUUUUUAUAAAUGAUAUUUAUUAAAGAUACAUGAAAGUACAGAAUAAAGAAAAAGUAUACAGUUUUAAGAUAUAACAAAAACAGUAAAAAAUAAGAAAAAAAACACACAUACAAAAUAAAACAGUUAAAAACACAAUAAUGUUCCAUAGCCUAUCUUCCUUACUCUUAUUUCCCCGGACCUCCUCAUACCUCCCUUCUUUGUAUUCCAAUUCAAUUUGUUGGUUCAGCAAAUCCUUACCCUUAACCAUUUACCCAAUAGUUACCCUAUUUUUUCCAUGUCUCUUAAAGCAUUACAGCUAAAACCUCUUAGUUUCUAUCCAACAUCCUUCUAAAGUUCCUUAAUUUUGCAAUAUUUCUGUAAAUAGUCCUUAAAUUUCUUCCAGUCUUCUUUCACCGACUCUUCUCCCUGGUCUCGGAUUCUGCCAGUCAUAUAUUCAUGAUUCAUUGAUUCCCCCCCCCCUUUUAGUCUGCUCUUGUGGGUUGUAACCUUCAUGGAUAUUGUACCCAUUGCGUCUCAAAAGUUAUCCUAUCAGAUUCUUACAUUUUUAAGGCACAUAACAUUUUUGAGUUAUUUAUUAAUUUUUCAAUCAUUAGCAUGGAAUUCUGGGAAAAGUUAAAUAAAGGAUGGUGCAAGAGUAGGGGAAUGUAACCCUGAUGUCAUUCAUAUGCUGUUUUGCUAUGAAAUAAGUCUCCAUUAACCUAUAACUACAUGUCUCUGUAUUGGUGUGUGGUUGUUUUUUUAGGGCAAAAGAUAUGUUAUGGUGAUUCAACACACCCCUGCUACAAGAUAGCCUAUUUCCAAGACUUGUCCAGACGUCUGGGAUUCCAGGAGGCUCGCCUGGCCUGUGAAAUAGAUGGCGGAGUACUCCUCAGCCUCGAAAGUGAAACAGAGCAAAAGUUAAUAGAAAACAUGCUGCAGAACCUCACAAAAUCAGGCCUCGGCAUUUCUGACGGGGACUUUUGGAUCGGGCUAUGGAGAAGUGGUGAGGGACAAACCACAUCAAGUGCCUGCCCUGAUCUUUACAAGUGGACAGAUGGAAGCAAUUCACUCUUCAGGUAAAUAUUUUGUGUCAUUUGCUGCUGCUGCUGCUGCUGCUGCAAACAGAGACCAAAAGGGGAUUUGGGGCUGCUAGGCAGACUUGAUAUUGCCCUGGGGCCCCAUAAUACCGGAAGAGAAAAUGGAUCCUGUGAAAUAAGAAUAAUGAACUAUGUAUUAGUAGUUUAUAAAGAAAGAAAUGUUUACUAGUGAAAUACCCACCAAAUGCUGGCAGCAUGUAUGGAAAUGUGACUAAGUGGGUGGAUAAAUGCUAAUCUCAAUUUUCUCUGUUUUUGUCUCACUUUCCCCAUUUCUCUGCUCCAUCACUGAAUCUAGCAUAGUAUUAUUUAUAUCCAGGGUAGGCAACAUGCUGUCCUUCAGAUGAUGUUAAACUGCAGCUCCCAGCUUCCUUAGCCAUUGGCUAUGUAGGCUGAAGAUGAUGGGAAUUGUAGUCCAACAACAUUUGAAGGCACCAUGUUGGCUACCUCUGGUCUUCAUAGGCAUACAGUGGUUUUCCAAAGCUUCAGAAUGAAGUAUUUCUCAGUCCUUGCUGGGAAUUGAACCUUGGAUGCUUUGCCUGCAGAGGAUGUGCUUUACCACUGAGCUACUCCUGCUCCCUCUUUUAGAUCCAGCAAAGCAAAAACGGACUCACAAGCAAUAAUAGUUUUCAAACUAAUUUUUACUGUAAUUUGUGUAUUGUUAUAGAAAUUGGUAUACAGAUGAGCCUUCCUGUGGGAGCGAAGCUUGUGUUGUGAUGUAUCAUCAACCAACUGCAAAUCCUGGCUUGGGAGGGCCUUACCUUUACCAAUGGAAUGAUGACAGAUGCAACAUGAAGCACAAUUUUAUCUGCAAAUAUGGUCCAGGUAGGAAAUGCUGAAGAUGAGCUUCAGAUGUUAUGUGUGAUUUCUGGUUGACUUUUCAAACCCUUGAAGUCCUGGUGACUUUACCCUAGUGCAGACCAUGUAUCUCAUUAACACAAGUGAAAUUCACAGUUUAGUUGGAUUAGUGUAUAGAAGCAAGAUAAAAUGUAAACCAGGGGGGUACUAUGUUAUUCUGUUACUAAGAGGCAACAUCACCCUGCUUCAAAUUUUAAUAGAGGGCCUAGAUUUUAGCAGAAGUUAAACUAAUCAUUACACACUAUUUUAUUUUCUGCCUCAAGCAUAGGAUCUUGCAUUAACUAUCCAUACAGUAGUAUACAUAUCUCCUUAUAAAUAAAUUUCAUUGAGUUCAAUGGGACUUAUUCCAAGGGAAGUCAGUAUAGAAUUGCAACUCUAAUUAAGUACUUCUUAAGAUGCUACAGGAUGUAUUGUGUCCUUAAGUACAAAAAUGUAUCCCACUGAACACAAUUGUCAACAUAUGGUUUUAAGUAUCUGAAAAGCUGCUUAUUUAAAUUUAGGAUUGCCUGAAAAAUGUAAACAACCUAUUCCUCCCUGCCUUGUUUAUAUAUUAUUUUAACAGAUGACAUCCUAGAAAAAGAAUUAGGAGACAGAGCAGAUCCAGAUUAUGGUAAGAAACGUUUGGAUUGAGUUGCAGUGGUAAAGCAAUAGAAUCUCAUCCAUCAUUUCCAAAAGCAAAACAAUCCAUAGAUUGGAAAAGCAGAGUAGCCAUGGAACAGCUGAACAAUGAAUCCUGUAGAGAAUAAUAGUUACCAUGUAUGUUUUUAUAAGUGAAUGGAUACAUUUUGGAAUAUUUCAGUUUGUAACCCUUAUUCCAGAUGUUAUCCCUAUGUUACAGUAAAGUCCUUAGACGAGUUUAUCACCUACACGUAUUCAUGUUCAAAACUGAUUAAUACUGUUGCCUUUGGAGCUUUUGCAAAGUGCAGUAAUAUGUGCAGAUGUCCCAACACAGGAAUUCAAUUUUGUUUUCUUAAAAUAUGUAAUUACUUUCACAGAAGCCCAGCCAACGGUGCCAGCAGGGAAGCCUCACGAUUCAAGCAAGCCAGAAGAUCAUUUUCCGGUGGUUGUUACUGAAACUGGUAAUUGAUGCAUAUGAUUCUGAUAUCUGAGUAAUAUUUAAAUAUAAAGCAUAGACUGCAGACAUGCAAACCCCACUUAUUCAUCAUAUGAAUAAACUGGCUGUACUCCCAGAAACUAAAAUGAACCUGAGCUCUGGGAUUUUAAAAAGAAGAAGAAUUCAAGAUGUCGUUGCUGCAGGGCAAAUAGCUCUACUUGGGUUUUUAAGGGGAAAUGCUUUUUGUCAAGGAUAGACAUCACAUCGCAAACAGCCAGAGUCAAUAUGCCAAGUAUUUUCUCCCACAGUUUCCUCUCAUUCUUACUUCAGAGCCACACACAGUGAAUGAAUUGCAGGGGGUUCUGCAUGUUCAAGUCUUAAUCUAGUCCAUUAAGCUUAAUGGACCGCAGAAUAACUAAUUAAAAAAAAAAUGAUCUAACAAAACAUUUGGUUAAUGAACAAGUUUUGGAAAGUCAGCUUUUUGCUAAAGUUCUGCACCUUCCCAAUCAGGUUCUUGUUUUGUAUGUUUGGCUUUUAUAAAUGGUGGCUGGUUAGGUUGUUUGCUGAGUACAACUGCCUACAGCUAUGAUGCUGAAGUAGGGGGCAUGCAUUUUCCCCUACAUUGUUAGGUAGUGCUGGAGGUGGGGUACUAUUGAAGCAACCUGCACCCGUGCUGGGUUGACCAUCUGGUUACCAAUCAUACAUGGGACUGGGUUCAGCACUCCCUGCUUCCACUGCUACCACUCAACACAGAAAGGAAAUGAUAAGAACCAAAAGCCCUGGCCAGGACUGAAGAUAAACCUUGGGUCACUCUCAAAACUUUUGCAGUUGUACUUUAUGUGGAAAGGUCUUUAGAGGUGGGCAAGUUGUCUUUCAGGAAAGCUUUACUGCCAUGACCAGUUUUUUCACUGAGGCCUUGAAAGAGCCUCAGGGUGGUAUUCUGCAGUCUACAGUUUUAAAAUUGGAAGAGUAGAGUCCUUAAGGUUGGACACCUCUUGGGUUGUAAGAUUUCAUGGACUAGAUCACGCUAGUUCAUAUGUGUGAGCCAUUGGCUUAAGAGAUCUCUGACUGUUGUGAUUAACUGGUGCAGUACAAGAGAAUUUGUGCAAGCAGAGCCCAUGAUUUCAAUCAAAAUACAAUAAUGAAACCCCUUUUCUUUGUAGGUUUAAUUCCCAAUUUAAUUUAUGUUGUUAUACCUACUAUACCACUGCUGUUGUUGAUAUUAGUGGCUUUCGGGACUUGCUGUUUCCAGAUGCUGCAUAAAAGGUAACUAUUAUGACUGGACAGAAAGAGUGUCUUGGAACUUAAGCUCAUGUAUUAUAAAAUUAAUCCUUCCAGCUGACUCAUAUUCAAGGCCAUUCCACACACAAAGCAAGGCCAUUCUCAUUUGCACUUGAAAAUGAAUAUUAUUCCAGUGUUAUGCCUUGACUAAAAUGGCAGGAAGUCCACAUUUAAUAAUGUAGCCAUAUCGUCAAAUAUAUAAUGUGUUCAACAUUAUUAGCAGGUAUAUUGAGUUUGCAAAACCUUUUGUUCUAAGUAAGUUAAUGCUGCUCUCAUGCUAGUGUAAAGAACUCGUUGCUUUUGUAGAUUAGUCAUGGGGAACCUUGGCCUUCCAAAUGUUAUUGGACUACAUUUUGCAUUUUUGUUGCUUUUUGGCCAUGCUGCCUGGGGCCAAUAAGAGUCUAUCAACAUCUGGAUGGCUGCUGCUUCCACACACCUGUUGUAUAGUAUAGAAACUAGAAAAUUAACAUUUAAACCCAAUGCCUAAGCAAACAGCCUUUAGAUAGAAGAAAAGGUCCUUGUUGUGUACUUGAUUACAAUGCAAAACUGAACUUACUACUUUUUCUACCCUGCUAUCUACCCUGCUUUCUGUUAUCAAAAGGAUCACAGGAGCAGGCUGUUUUUUAGGACUGAAUCAGCUGAAACACUUUCUUUGACACAGGCUGUGUACCCACCAAACAUUGAAAGUACAUGACACCACCUGAAGAAUCCUGGGAACUGUAGCUUAACCCAUCACAGAGCUACAAUUCCAGUACCCUCAGCAAACCAAAGUCCCCAGGGUUCUAUGGGGGAAAGUAAUGUGCUUUAAAUGUAUGAUGUGCACACAACCACAGUACGUAGUCUUGGAAUAUUGUGGGCACUGUUCUCUCUGCACUGCAAGCGAGGGCGUAGCCACUGCUGCUUCUGCUACCUAUGCAGAAGAAAGAGCAAUGGCAGGAACAGAAGGAUUUGAUCCCAUGCUGAGCUUUGUCCUCAUCCCCAUAAAGUUUAGUCAGUCUUACAUCAUCCCCAUUUCCUUAACCAAUCGGCUGCAGUCAAUGAUGUGGAGCUGAAGUGGGCUGGGAAAACAACACAGGCAUAUCUGACUGAAAGUUGCAAGGAGAGGUCGGAGUUGACGCACAAAUGCCAUUUCAGCAGCAAACUUAUGUCAAGAACACACCAAGUUCUGCUCCAACAGGAUGCUCUAUUGCUCUUGCUCUCAAAGGAAGAAAAAGUUAUGAUGGUCCCCCUGGUAGUACUAAAACCAAAGUAAGGCACAAGAAGCAUCCACACCGAGCAUUUCUCCUGUGCUUUAUGGCAAACCAGCAACUCAUUCAUGCUUAGUGGCUUUCCCUUUCCUUUCUUCUAGGGAAGCAAGGAGAAACUGCUUCAAUGACUCAUCUCCAUUAUCAUCUGAAUGCCUUGCAGAAAGUUUAGAUUCUAACUUGGUAUAUUUCUCAGUUUCUAUGAUUGUAUUUUUAAGGUAGAGCUAGGGAUCCUGGCAACUCCUGUGAUCUACAGAACGCUCUUCCAAGAAACUUUGGACAGGGACAGAAUCUCCUCACCAGGGCUCGGUUGGCUUCAUUUAGUUUGGUGGCCUUGAAAUUAUGUUGAUCUAUAUCUAUGGAUAUAGUUCAAUCUAUGCACUUGUUUCAGAACAUAGUUUUGCUACCUUUGUUCAGAUGACAUCCCACUCAAAGUGUCCUUUAAAAACAGCAGUACUGGAUGGGGGGGUAACUUUUCCUUGCUUCAUUCCAUGGCACUGUGGCAAAUUCUGAAGGUUUGGCACAAUGUGGUUGGGAUCAAUUGUGCUUUUAUUAUCAGAUUGUUCCUAGCCCAACCCAUGCAUCUCAGAUGACUAACAGUUGUAUGGGAAGGACUCAAAUUUAUUGCUAGGCUUUUAGCUGCAGUGCCUUUGAAUGGAGCCAUAGAAAAGAAGCUUCCACAUUAUGGAUGUAGUGCCCUUAGGUUAGCUGAGAAAUAAAUGCAUACUGCAAAACUGGUUUCAAAGUAUAACACUGCUAAUGGUGGAUUGAAGAAGGAAAGCCACUGGGCUGAUUCAACAGCUAUGGCUAUUAACUACCAUUAGGAAUUUUUGACUCAAUACAAAGAAGCUAUAGAUCAGGUAAUGAAUUAAUGUACUGUAAGAUAAAUAUGUAAAGUACCACAUGAAGCUUACUGGAUCUAAGCUUUAGACUUUAAGGUUUGCCUGAGGGUGGGCAUAGAUUUUGAGGAUCAUAUAGAUGAUAGAUCUGUGAGAAAGCACAGCAUUGAUAGGCUCAUCUUGUAUACUUCCUUACCAAGAAAAACAUCCUGUCGAGUGUGAGGUCACUUUCCAGCUGCUUAAGUGCAUAAUCUUUUUACAGUAGGCCAACCAAGCAACAUUAGUAGCAGAGACCAUUUGGAAAGCCUUUACAAUUGUUUAUUGUGCACCGUCACCCAUCUUUCAUUGCAUACUUACAUGAACAUAUGAAAGGAAUAGAUGAAUAAUAAAUGCAUGUAUAUACAAUUGUGUUUCUAAUUUUCCAGUAAAGGAAGAACAAAAACCAGUCCGGACCAGUCUACGCUAUGGAUUUCUAAGAAUGCACGGAAAGACAGCAGCAUGGAGGUAUAGAGAUAAGACUGAAAAGAAAGCAGGAAUAACACUUUUCCAUUCAGGAUCUAUUAUAAUGUCAUGUCAGAUAUUAGCUUGGAAUGGCUUGGAAUUGCAAUGGAUCAGCAAAAUGAACUGGAAGCUCCCCCUUGAGGCAAUUGUUCAGAUCAUUUUUAUAUGCAAUGUUUGAUUUUGAAUUCAGUAGCAAAACAUGGCACUCCAAAAGAAAAAAAAAAUGCAUUUAUUUUGCUAUGGAAAAUGACUCUGCUACAGAUAGUAAUGAGAUGGAAAGAGCAUUUGGAAUAUAUAUGGAAAAAUGUCUACUGUAUAUGUCACUUCUAAACAGUCAUUUCUAGUUUAAAUUUUAACUCCCUCCUUGUUAGUUUCUCAUACGUUGUAUUGUCUCUUAUUAAUGGGUG